AGUCCAGCAGACGUGGGUGUAGUGGGGUGGGGUGUAGUAUCAGUAUUGGGAUUGGGAUGCGCUAAAAAUGCCAAAUGGUGAUGCCUGAUGCGCACUUCGUUCGUGGACAAAGGACAUAAGGACAACCAAAAGGACAACGUGUUGUUGUUUUGUUGUGUAAGAUUGUAGUUGUAGAUUGUGUAAGAUUGUGUAAUACAUAUAACCCAUAACAACAAAGACAAAUGAUCAAAUGAAUGAUAGUUCGGCUUGUGAAAUUCUCUCAAAGUAAUUGAUAUUCAAGUAUACUUGUUACGAAACUGAACUUGAAUUUUUCAUCGAAAUACAUACUAGAAAGAUUCCUGAAAAAUCAUGAAUUCCGAAGACCAUACUGAACCGAACGUUUCUCAUAAAAAAGCGAAAAAUUUGGUGAGAAGUCAGUUUUACGAUGUCAUGGUGAAAGUGGAUACAGACGUUUAUUGUUUGGAUAAAUUACAACUGGCGUGGAAAUCCGACUACUUCGAAAGACUAUUGACCGAGUAUACUGACCAAGGAGAAUGCAAUUUGAUAGAGCUACCGUUAAUGGAUACAGAAAUAUUCGCUGCCGUAGUUGAUAUAAUAUAUGAACAGCCACUGAAGUCUGUAUUAAACAGCGAAAAUUUUAUUACCUUGUUGAUAGCUAUGGAUUAUUUGCAAAUGGGGAUUGAUCUGGAAACUUACGGUCAUUUCUUACAAAGAAAUUCGGUCCUAGAUGUGAAAGUAUUCAAACUGUACGACUUCGUUAAAGAGAAUCCGAAUUUGCGGUGCUUGUUACCGUACGUUUUGAUGUAUUUAUCUACUCAUUUGGCGGGUUUGCGAAGUCGCGAAGAAUUUUUAUCCUUGCCACUCGACGAUAUUACUCAAAUAAUUGGUACAAGUAGAGUCAUCGGCCGCCUAGCGGAUAAGGAGAUGCGUGAAAUUUGUCAAAUUUGCGCCGAAUGGAUCCAUUACGAUUUAGAAAGCAGACUUCCUCAUGCGACGAAGCUUGUGAAUGCUGCUAAACGAAGAUUUAUUUAUGCUAACGGUGUAAAAGAUGUAGAUUUCAACGCAAAACUGGCCAAUGUCGCCGAACAUAUGAAGCUGGAACAAAUUGCGAAACUACUUCACGAAGUUUUGAGUUAUAAUGGCGAAAUCAAUCCGGCUGGCCAGGAGUUACAGGAACUUGAAGAUGAAAGAAUGUACGCCUUCGGCAGUCUUGAAAAAAACGAACGAAAAAAGUUGGAAAAACUUCUAGAAAACAACUAUUUUUACGAUAUCGCUGUCAAAGUCGAAGAUGAAAUUUACAAACUCCAUCGAUUCAAAUUAAAUUCAGCGUCCGGUUACUUCGCCGACAUUUUUUCUGCUGAAGGCUUCAACACAGACACUCAAUGCACAAACGCAGCAACCCAGCAACCCAUUAAAAAUACCGAGUAUUUACUCCGCGAUGUCGAUCAACCGACGUUUGAAAUGAUCAUACAGUGUAUCUAUUUUGAAGAACUGCAAUUAACAUGUGAGACUAUAACUUGUUUGUUGAAAGCUGCCGAUGCAAGUAAUUUGAAAAUUGAGAAAUUAUUCGAUAAAUGUAUAUCGUGGAUGAAAGAGAACAUUGAAGAGGUUUGUUCCAAAGUCCUGAUCAUUGACGAAUGUAUUUCUAGAUCAUGGAUCAAGGAGAAUAUUGAAGAAAUAUGUUCGGAAAUUUUAAUCAAACCUGAAAUAAUCAACAAGUUCCCGAUUUGUUCCAUUUCUUUCGAUAUGUUGAAAAAUUUACUCUUGUGGUCUCCAGUUUGCUGUGAUAAUCCGCAAGAAAUCGUCGAAAUAUGUUCCAAAUGGGUUAUGCAUGAUGUGAAAAAUCGAUACCACUUGAUACCACAAAUCGCCGUCGCUGUUAAUCACAAUCGUAUGAUAGAGUACGAUGAUUAUAAAAUGGAAGGACUUGUUGAUUUAAACAACUUCUCAGAAUAAUUGAUUCGCGAUAAAUUAUGGAUUAUGUUAAGUUCCACUUCACUGGUUGCUUCCGCUACUAACAAUUUGAUGAAGAAAGGUGAGAGGGAUGUUACCGAAUUACCCGUGUUUAUAGUGUGGACCGGCGAUGACACAAUCGUUCAUAUUCGAAAUGCUGAUUUAAAUGAAAUCGCAUCAUUUAGUUUUUUCUCAUGUUUCAGCCCUAAGGUUACAGAUAUGUACUUUAAAGUAUCCGCGACUUUAAUCGAGGACAAUUUAUACGUUAUGUUCACUGCAAA